CUAAUUGCCUUACUCCACAAUUGCUCCCCAUCUCUUCAUAAAACACCCUCACCAGUCACCAACUCACCAGAAACCAUUUUCACAUUCGCUCGAAUCCUCAAUUUCUCUCUCUCUCUCUCUCUCUCUCUCUCUCUCUCUCUCUUCUCGUUCCAGGGGUGAUCUGAGUGUUAGUUUUUGUAGAAUACACAUAAACAUGGGCAAGGCUGUGGUUGUUCUAAACAGCAAUGAGGGUGUUACUGGAACUAUCUACUUCACCCAGGAAGGAGAUGGUCCGACUACUGUGACUGGAAACAUCUCGGGUCUUAAGCCUGGGCUCCAUGGAUUUCAUGUUCAUGCUCUUGGUGACACAACAAAUGGCUGCAUGUCAACUGGACCACAUUAUAACCCUGCUGGGAAAGAACAUGGUGCUCCAGAAGAUGAGGUUCGCCAUGCUGGUGAUCUUGGGAAUGUAACAGUUGGGGAUGAUGGUACUGCUACCUUUACAAUUAUUGACAGCCAGAUUCCUCUUUGUGGACCCAACUCAGUUGUGGGGAGGGCUGUUGUUGUCCAUGCUGAUCCUGAUGAUCUUGGAAGGGGGGGACAUGAGCUCAGCAAGACCACAGGCAAUGCUGGUGGAAGAGUGGCUUGUGGUGUUAUUGGUCUUCAAGGUUAAAGUUGCCCUUCCAACUUCCAAAUAGAGAACGAAGUGGAAAUUAGACUGUAUGUACUAUCCCAGGGAGAUGAGUUGAAGAAAAAAGGGGAAAGCAAAAAAAAAAAAAACUAAAUAAAGGGAAGAAAGGAAAAAAGAAACUGCAUUAUCUCGACUUGACUGAGCUGAGAUAUGUGCUCCACCAAAGUCUUUUACAUGUAUGGAUUCUGCAUUGCCUGAGAACCAUGUUGAUUUGAAUUGUCUGGCUGUAUUUGAUGGCUUUUGUUACUUUGUUUGUAUCCUUAUCGUGAUGUGGAUUUUACUCGUGUUGAACUUGUUUGAUCUGAUGAUACUACCGAUCCAACAGGCCCCUCUAAUCUCUAUGCCUACCUAAGAGUGUUGUAGGGUGUGAUCCCAUAACUUCGUGUUGGUAAAACCCAAACAUCUAAUACUAGACAAUGUUUGGUAUUUACAUCAACAAUAGUAGUCAAAUAAAUCUUAAAUUAUGUAUUUUAGGUAUUCUCAUGUAUGACUAAAGAAAUCUGGGUAAGUUACUCCUACAUGAAGAUUUUCUAAGUGCUUAUUUGAUUUA